AAUGAUAUAAAACCUUUUUGGUGAGAUGGAAGAUUAUAGCGAUUUCGUAACUUAUGAUAACUCAACUGAUCAUGAUUACGAUCAUGACCACGACUCACCUGCCUUGAUUACCAUCAGCGUCAUUGCGGCUGUCAUCAUCGUCCUUUUUGACGUCCUGAUCGUGGUUUGCAACGUCUUCAUGCUCGCUGUUCUCCGUCAUCCUCAUAUCGAGGACAUCGGGGAAGUGAAUAUUUUCCUUUUCCGGAUCAUGGCCAUCGUGGAUAUCUUCGGUGGAUGUGCAAGCACGGCCUUUCAGCUUUACUCUGAACCAAGUUUCUUCGUAGAUCAUGCUGAACCUUCGUCCGGGGUGUGUCUGAUUCUGCUCUUCUUCUGUUUCUACACUGCCAACUUGUCCAUCUGGUUGCAGUGUCUGAUCACGACUAACAAGUACCUCAUAGUGAUAUAUCCUUUGCGUUAUCCCAACCUGGUGUCAGUUAAACGGUUCGCCGUUACCUUAUCAAUCUGCGUUCUCCUCUCUCUCAACUGCGCCACUUUUCUGCCGAUCCCGUCGUUCCCUUACACGUCGCGCGGUUUGUACUUCUGUCGCGAUGGGAUCUUCGACAACCCAUCUUUGUCCGUCGAUCUCGGCAUCCUUGUCUCGUGCAUCGCCUGCCCGGCCCUGAUCACCUCCGUCCUCAACGUCCGUCUGCUGGCAGUGUCCAUAUCGCUUUCGAGGAAGGUUCUGGCACAGGAUGCGAUCUCCAGCAACGAAACACCUUCAGACAACGUUUCAGGAAAUCGAAGAGGACCGCGUUUUCGUGGGAUUAAGACUAUCAUCCUUCUCGUCAUCACUUCGUACUUUUAUGUCAUCUUCAGUGCUUUGUUCAUUGCGGUCCAUCCACUUCUGGUGACAGAGGUUCUCCACGCUACGAUAGGCAAUCUGUUAUAUUUGAUGUCUCUUAGCAGCUUCUGGUGGAAACUCUUUGUGCUCAUUAUGACCAAUGGACGAUUUAGAAGUGUAUCGAAGAAAGUGUGGUCGGAUUUUAGAGGUAUAUGCCCUCGAAUUUAAUUAUAC